UCCUGAUACCAUGGAUAUUCUGCUUUUUAAAGCACUGCUGUUGGGACUGGCUGUUCUUUUCAUUGGACUGUGCUACUAUUGCCCUCCAAGACCCUCUUUGAAUUGGAAAAUAUCAGGCUACAAAAAACCAAAUUUCAUAAUAAUUUUAGCAGAUGAUAUUGGAUGGGGAGAUCUUGGGGCCAACUGGGGCCUGAGAAAAGACACUCCUAACUUGGAUAAGAUGGCAGCGGAAGGAAUGAGAUUUGUGGAUUUUCAUUCGGCGGCAUCCACUUGCUCUCCAUCACGUGCUUCUCUCCUUACAGGACGUCUUGGCCUUCGCAAUGGAGUGACCCACAAUUUUGCAGUGACAUCUGUGGGUGGCCUCCCAUUGAAUGAGACUACAAUAGCAGAAGUCCUGAAGGAAGCUGGUUACCUCACUGCUGUGAUAGGGAAAUGGCACUUAGGGCACAGUGGUCCUUUUCAUCCCAGAUUUCGUGGUUUUGAUUACUACUUUGGGAUACCCUAUAGCCAUGAUAUGGGCUGCACCGACACACCAGGCUAUGACCUCCCUCCCUGCCCUGCUUGCCCCCACGGUCCCACAGCAAGAAGUAACUACCAGAAAGACUGCUAUCCGGAUAUUGCACUUCCUCUUUUUGAAAAUCUUGCAAUCAUUGAGCAGCCUGUGAACCUAACCAGCCUAGCUGCAAAGUAUACUGAGAAAGCAUUGAAGUUUAUCCAUGAGGCAAGCCAGAGUGGCCACCCCUUCUUCCUCUACCUCGCCCUGUCUCAUAUGCAUGUGCCUUUGGUUUUGUCUGAUGCACAAUGGAAUAUGACUUGGCAAGAUCCAUAUGGAGCAAACCUGAGGGAGAUGGAUGUCCUGGUAGGACAGAUAAAGGACAAGGUUGACAGCACUGCAAAGGAGAAUACAUUACUCUUGUUCACAGGAGACAAUGGCCCUUGGUCUGAGAAGUGUGUGUACGCGGGAAGUGUUGGUCCAUACACUGGGAUGUGGCAAAGAAAAAGAGGUGGUAGUUCAGCCAAGCAAACAACCUGGGAAGGGGGACACCGUGUUCCCAUGCUGGCCUAUUGGGUGGGGAAGAUCCCAGCAAAUGUGACCAGUCCUGUGAUGUUGAGCAUGCUAGACAUAUUUCCUACUUUGGUGUCUCUUGCAAAUGCAAGUCUCCCUCCGUCCAGACGGUUUGAUGGUAUGGAUAUCUCUGAGGUCCUUCUUGGGCAAUCAUACAAAGGACACAAGACAUUGUUCCAUCCCAACAGUGGGGCAGCUGGGAAAUACGGAGAGAUACAGGCCCUUCGUCUGGACCAGUACAAGGCAUUUUAUCUCACAGGUGGUGCCAAGGCCUGUGAUGGCAGCAUUGGGCAGGAGCAGCAUCACCAGCCGCCCCUCAUUUUCAACUUAGGGCAUGAUCUUCAAGAGGGGAAGCCCCUGGACGUCCAUGCUGCUGAAUACCAAGCUGUGUUGCCAGCAGUAAGAGAGGCUCUUGUGGGCAUUCAUCAAGAUAUUGCGACUGACAACAUAUCUGUGGCAGAUUACUCUCAUGAUCCAGAUGUGACACCCUGCUGCAACCCACAACACUUGGUCUGCAGAUGCCAACUGGCUUAUUUCAACUCAUCUUCGGGGGGAAAAAGAUACCAGACUGAUACGGGGGAUGCCAGUUCAGGAACCAGUAACGCCAUUUCCCCUUGAAGUGAGAAAGACUCAAAGACACAAGUGGACAAUACAGUACAUGUAUUAGUGGUUUAAUCAAGUAUUUUGUGAUGUGCUGCUGCUGUUGAAAGGCAGACUCCUCUAAAGCAGGCCUGGUUACACGUCUGACUUGUGUAUGGCAUCUACUUUGUUCUUUCAUGGAAUCUUGAAAGCCACCAACCGGAGCCCGGUACAAAACUCAUGGCAUUAGAGAGUUCUUUUGAGAACUGAAUGGAGCGCACAGUCCUUCUACACAAAGACCUGCUGCUGAUUACCUAAGUUUUCUUCAUUUUAAUGCACAAUUUAGAAUGCUGAUGAGGAAGAAAUUAUUGUGCCUGUUAUUAAACAUUUGGAAAUCAGAAAUAAAUUCCGAUCUACUUCAGAGCA